GAGAUGAGCAGCAUCUUGUAACGCUGACGCUACUUUUUUACAUGCAAGUGUGGAGUCUAGAGCGUAUUCCACUACCGAACUUUUCGACGUAUGUUGUGUAUACAACAGUGUCACUGUUGGGAUCAGUUUUGCGUGUGUGCUAUCAAGUAACAAAGAAUGUAGACUCUAGUGCCUUCAUUAAUUCUACUUCACCAAAUUCUUCCACUGAUGCUCUUAACAGUUGUCUUGAGGACAGUUGGUGCUUUUGGAGUGUCAUAAACUUCGGAUACUGCUUAUUGAUAUGCGUUGCAAGAGAGCUGCAAAAUAUGUUCUUCGGCCAACUCAGAAGUGCAGAAGAUUCACACAUCAGAGAGAACUUCUCUAGUUUUAUUUUCUAUAAAGUGGUUUUUAUUUAUGGUAUACUGCACGUCGAAGCGCUUCAUGAACUUUUACUUUGGGCCACUUGGUUUUCCAUUCUUGGUUUUUUGCGUCUUCUCACUGGUCUUAUCAGGGAUCGUUCGCAAUAUAUUCUCCGCUGCUCUGACUCUUCUUUCACAUAUCAAGCUAGAAUCUUCUUGCUGUGUUGCUUACUUUUACUUCUCAGUAAUUUUUUAAUGGUUGUAUGUAUUAUUGUGGGUGCAAAGCAUUCACUUCACACGAUGUUCUUCAUGCUUGCCGAAGUAUUUCAGUUAAUGAUAGUCACAGUGCAUGUAAUCACAUGGUAUGUGGUUUAUGUAUACUGUGAACUUGCUUCUCGACCAAGUAAUGGAGAUAAGUUAUACCACCGAUUUGUUAUUCUCUACUACACGGAGCUUCUCUACGAUUCAGUCGCUGACUUCGGUGAUUUGUUACACAAUCUGCACAUGUUAUUUUGGAAUAAACUUCAAAUUAAUAUGCCCAGUAUAAUAAUCGCUCUACACCUUCAACAUUUGUAUUAUAAAAUGUCAAAACGAAUUGUGCAUCACAGGCGCUAUAGGACUGUAUUACGAGUUUUGGACUCAAGGAUUAUUCAUCUAGAAUCCAAAGAAAAUUGUUCUAUUUGCUGGGAGGAAAUGAAUAAAUCCUGCCAACUUCCUUGUGGUCAUAUUUUCCAUACUGCCUGUUUAUACUUGUGGAUUGAACAGAACACUAACUGUCCUAUAUGUAGGAAGUGCUUUGAUGAUUUGGGCGAUCCUCAGGUAAAUACCUUAUCAACCAACACGAUGUCUGCAGCACCUUUUACUUCCUCUUCCACUGCUGCAUCCUCUGAUAACGCAGAAAGUCUCAAUAUUGGAUCUAGUUUCCGUCCUUUCUCACCUUCAACUGGUCAGGGGGAUGUGCAAAGCGAGGAUAUCCGUAUAACGACAAAGUUACGCGAAAAAAGUACUCGGAUUUCCAAGCAUUCUGACUUUCGCGAUCAAAUUGUUUCAGAUUCACACCUUUCAACGAAUGGAUUUGUGUCAUCUGACGAGCCAUAUUUCUCAGCGAUGGUGAGCAUGGAUCGACUUUUAGACGUACAUGAUCAAUUGAUUGCCGAAGACGUUGCGAAUGUCCGAUCUCGUCCAAAGAAUGCAUUGCCCGCUAAAUUCCUAGCUGCACUAGAAGCAGAAUUGCUACGUCAUUUCCGUUUACCCGAUAAUUUAAAUAAUUCUCAGUUGAAAUCAUUCAGAUGUCAACACCUGAAUAGGUCAUUAAUUGUUCAGCAUGAUCAUAUACCUUCUGACAAUUAUCAUGUCCAAAAAAUAGACUCAUCUGUUUCUGAUCAAAGUCCACUCAUUUCAUCAACGGAUAAUAAUUUAUCCUCUACCAUAUACUCCUCUCAAAGUUCAUCAGAUUCAUCGCAUACUGAUGAUGAAGACAAUGAAUUCCCUCCCAAACGUGUCUUGCGAUUGGCAAUAAGACGAUUGCUUGAGAGAGUGAGUCAAUCUGUACUAGUACCUCGAAAAGCGUGUCAGUGUCAACUAGUCAGGCUACAUUCUGAUACUUCCAAUCGGUGCAAAUCGGUAGAAGCUAUCUCGAUGACCAACGAUGUUACUUGUCAGAAUUCAUCUGUUUCACCUUCACCAUCGUCAUCAUACUCGCCUAAUCUUCCUCCUCCCGUCCAAUGUUUUGAGCGUAAGGGAUCAUCCAUUUCAAAGUUAAAUGAAGUAGUGUAUGCAAAGCAUAUGUCAUCAGCAGAAUGGCAUCAGUGCGGCUCAAAUUCAGACUUUGAUUCUCAUUGUCCAUCAGAUGGAGAGUGAACAAUAAAUCCAGUGAUUUCACUUGAUGUAUGUACGCUCUCUGGGCAGGACGUUUCAACUCCAAAACUUUCCUUGUCCUUCAAGACGACAUCUUCAGUACUGACUUUGAUAUCAAAUAAAUUCCCCAUGAAUAUAAUAGUUGUCUCUCGUGAUAACCCUGAACGUAAUUGGUUGUUUCUAGGGGUUUCUACAGCCUACUCUCCAUCUUUAUUGGUAUUGAUUAUUUUUUAUUUUUUCUGAUUUACCAUCUUUAUAUGGUAUUGUGACUUUUCUUUUGCAUUCUUCCAUCUUGUUAUUCUCUGAUUUUACCCUCUUUUUUCUCCUUCUUAUAUCAUCUUUUAUAAAUUCUUUUGAGUAGUUGUUUUCGAGUAGCAUUCUGAAUAGGACGUUUAUUUCUUUGCGCUGGUCUUCUGGUGUUGUUGUAAGUCUACAUAUUCCAUCUGCAAGACCUUGUAUUAAUCCUCGUUUUACCGUGAGUGCAUAGGCUGAGUGAUAAUUAAAGAAUCUUCCAGACUGUGUGAUUUUUCUAUAUAGCGUCGUUUUUAUGCUACCAUCUGUUAUUCUUUGUAUUUUGCAGUCUAACAUAGGCAGUUCCCCAAUUUCACUCUCUAUUUCCAUAGUGAUUUUUAUUGAGUCGACAUGGCUGUUUGUGUGUGAGAAGAGUUUCUCAAUAUCGUUGUUUUUUUCACUAUUACAUAUCUCCACCAACAUUUUAAUGAUGACCUGAAUGGUUUAAGGGUAUUCUCUUCCCAAUAAUCCAUGAAUAUGUCGGCUAUUAUUGGUGAGAUAGGCGAUCCCCUAGCUACUCCUUCAUUUUGUUGGUAUAUUUUCAUUUCGAAUGUGAAAUAUGCUGUUGUCAGACAGAAUUCCACCCCUUUUAUUAUCUCUUCUACGGAUAACUGUGUUCUGUAUUUUAGGCCAUUAUCUUCUUUCAGUUUCUCUUUCAGUGCAUUCAUGGCCAUUUGAAUGGGUAUUUUCAUAUAGACUAUUUACAUCAAAGCUGAUUAGUAUUUCCUCUUCCUCUAUUCUAGUGGUUUUUAGUCGUCUCAUUAAUUCAAAUGAAUCUACUAUUGUAGCUUUUGAGUUCUCUCUUGAUAUUGGUUACGUCUUCUUUUACCGUUGCGUUUUUUUAUGGGCAACGUAGGUAGUGUAGAAUGUAGCAAUUUUGUCGUCUUGCAGCAACUUCACAAAUGUUCUUCAUAUAUGACAGGAUUAUUAUAUUUUUGUGUUAAAGGUCAAUGUUACGGAGAUUUCUAAAAGCUAAUUUCAUAUUGACACCCACAUUUGAACAAAACAUAUCUAGAAAAGUAAAGGAAAGCAUCUAAACUUACAAAACUACUUUUUUGUUUGAUUCAAUAAAAUACUAACACUUUAAUAAACAAACAUUUCACUGCAAACAAAUAGUCUUUUAGUAUGCAGAAUAAUAAUCAAAAUACUGAAAACUAAAUUCCAUUAAGUAAAAUGAUACUUUGUAACCUAAAUUAAAAAAAAAACACGUCCAACAGUGGUGUGUGUGAACAAGGACAGUAAUUUUGCUCGAAAUAUUACCAAUAACAAAAACUCAUCAUUGUGUGUAAACUAUUGAAAUAUAAUUAUACCUUAUUUAAUAUUUAAUUCGUUUAAAAAUAUGUUUCACUACCUUUAUGAUAUUGAAGUAUGUUUGUAUAUAAAAUAUACAUUUAUUAUAAAUCUGUUUUUGAAUUGAAAAUUUAUUUAAUCAAUGUCUUUACAGCUACCUGUUGAAGACAACUGUUGUAAACGAAAUUCAUGUACAGAAUCAUGUUACUUCGACUCUGUCAAUCGUUUUCAUCACAGAAGUGGACAACGCAAAGAGUCUGAAGUAUCUCGCUGGGAACACUGCAGACGUUCAGUGCGGCGCUGUUAUUUAAAGCGAACAGCAAAACAGAUAUAAAUAUCUGUCCACCUUUCUGCACAUUUCUAUUAAAAUUUAAUUUAAUUUGCAUUAUUAUACUUUACAUUUACUGAGUGUUUUUUGCUCUUUGUAUAAUAUAUUCUUUUUUAUUUCCAUAUUUCGCUAAAUUCUUCAGUCUUUUUCCAGGUUUUUUUUACCGUGUACGUCAACGUUUAUACGAAGUUCUUCCUUCAAUCAAUUUAGUCAUAUUCAAUUUAAUAAUUUUUGCCCAAAUCUCUCACUUCGCAGCUCUUUCUCGCUAACUGAUAACUAAAUACUCAUUGUCAGAUAGUAGCCAUUGGUGUUCCCAGAUUGUAAGGGUUUUUUUCUUCAAAAGAUUCGUUUAUGGUUGUGUUUAUUUUACUCUCUAAUUGUGUUCGUUUUCUCUUGCAUCAUUGCAAAUUAUUAAUGUGCUGAGUGUGAGUGUAUGAGCAUUUUUCAGUAUUUCUGUCUCUGCUUUUUGCUGAUAUUAAUUCUAAAAUGAUUUAUUGGUAUUAUUUUUAAGAAUAUUUCCCCUUUAGGUUAACCGAUUUAUUUGUUAAUGAUUUGUUUUCAAUAAGAUUUCUACUUUGAUAUUGACUAAUGCACUAGUGUUCUUGGUUUUAACGGGUUCUUUUCCUAAUUAACAGAAGUGUGUAUAUGUGUAUGCCUUCGAUGUGGAAUCGCACUGUUUUCCUAUUUUGAAUCACUUACCUAAUUAUCAUAACAGUGUUUCUCUUUGUAAUAACAGAUUUUUCUUCAUAAAUGUAUUCAAGCAUGAAACAGAGAGUAGUAAAACUCAUUGUAGUGG